UAUUCCAAACCAAACUGCACUCAGUUCCCCAAUCAUCACUCAUCAAAAGCCCCCACCCCACCCUUACACUGUUCCCUCUUGGACACACAACACACACAAAAACCACAUACACAAAAAGGGCACAAUCAUGGUACCGGUUAGCUGACUCUUCUUCCUUUUCAUUGACCUGCAAAGAAACAAUCCCCAUGCUUUAACUGAAAAGAAAAGGAAAAAAAAUCCCCAUUUCAGUUCUUUGAAAACCCAGGUGGGACUUGGGAGGGUGAGUUACAAGUGAGAACGGAAACAAGGGAUUCAGCUGAGUGUGAAGAAGCGUGUGUGUUUUUCUUUCUUGAGGUGUGUGUUUGGUCUAUGUGAGCAUUGAAAAAAUGGGCUGUUUUCAGUCCAAAACUGCCAAUGUUCAGUCCCCUGACCAAGAACCCUCUCAGCCCGACUCCAAACCAGAUCUUGUUAAUGGGGACCAAAUAGACCAAGAUCAAGUACCUGUUUUUAAGGAAUUUGGUCUUGCUGAACUCCGAGCUGCUACAAAUGGGUUCAGCAGUGAAUUGAUAGUCUCUGAAAGUGGAGAGAAAGCUCCCAAUGUUGUUUACAGAGGAAAGCUUCGGAAUAACCGGCUUGUUGCCAUUAAGCGUUUCUCAAGACAGUCCUGGCCUGACCCCCAACAAUUUGUGGCAGAAGCUGCUGGUGUUGGCAAGCUUCGGCACAAGAAAUUGGUGAAUCUUAUAGGAUGUUGUGCUGAGGGAGAUGAGCGAUUGUUGGUCGCAGAAUAUAUGCCUAAUGAUACACUGUCAAAGCAUCUAUUUCACUGGGACAAACAGCCUCUGCCAUGGGAAAUGCGUGUUAGAGUUGCUUACCAUAUUGCCCAGGCUCUUGACCAUUGCAUUGCAGAAAACAGAAAAAUUUAUCAUGAUUUGAAUGCGUACAGGGUUCUUUUUGAUGAGGAUGGCGAUCCUCGGAUAUCUAGUUUUGGUCUUAUGAAGAACAGCAGAGAUGGGAAGAGUUAUAGUACCAACCUGGCUUACACUCCACCUGAGUUUUGCGCACUGGUAGGGUAAUUCCGGAGAGUGUAAUAUACAGUUAUGGAACCGUUCUGCUAGACCUUUUAAGUGGAAAACACAUACCUCCUAGCCAUGUACGUAAAUCCUCAUUCCAUGUUCUAUCUUCUCCUCUUUUACUCUUGGCUUGUAGAAGAAUCAUUUAUG